CACCCUCUCGACGUCAGACUUAACUUGACUUCCCUAUUUGUCUGAUAUUUUCACUGUCGUCAUCACGCACAGUUGCCAAACAAGAAGCCACGUUGACGAACUGGACUGAAGUCGACUGCUGCUGUUUACCCCCAGAAAAGAAAAGGAAUAGCUAUUUAAACGAGUGUUUUCACGCUUCCGACAGACAUUAGUUAGAUAUGUCUUCGCCACCGAAGGAGAAAAUCGAGACCAAAGGAGGACACCUCCCGGCUGUAAAGGCAGGGGGGAUGAGGAUAGUACAGAAGCACCAGGGAGCAGCUCCACCCGAGACCCCUCCCAUCAAAGACGAGGAUGAGGACUUUGUGGAGGAACCUAGCCCACCAAAGCCCACUGUGGUCGUUUCAGGAGUGGUUACAAAGGGUGAUAAGGACUUCACCCCUGCAGCGGCCCAGGUAGCUCACCAGAAGCCCCAGCCAUCUAUCACCAAGAUGCCCCAGAACCAGCACCUCACUCAGCACAUUCACCAGCCCCGCAAGUGAGGCUACCACCAAGCUUACCCUCCCUCCACUAACUCUGCUACAACUGGCCUCGCAAGUAAUCACCACAAACGCAUAUCUACGAUCAGUUUUGUGUUUACCCCGUCCAAUGCUUAAGUAAAGAUUUGAGGAAGGGAAGCUGAUCCUAGAUCUGUGCCUAAGAGAAAGCCAACGCAAUGUGAUCAAUGGACCACAGCAGCCUACCGACCAACCCAACAACCAAUCAUAAGCCAGAGAUGAGCUCAAGUUCCUGCCUUCCCGCCACAACUGUCCUCACAGACCAUAGUAGCCAGAAAGCAGCUUCUUAAGCCUGCAACCCACCAAUGUGCCAGAAAGCAAAGUAAAUGAAACGGUGUGGAACCACAAAGAGAAAUCAACCAAUCAAAGAACUACAGAAACCCAAUCAAGCAUGCACCCAAUCUUCAAAAGUGCUCAGGUUACCAGGGCAACCCUUGUUAAGCAUUCCAUAUGAUUCCAUUUCCUCUUUUGUUCUUAACGCCCUAUGAACUAAGAACCUGUCAUCAUAGAAAAUGAUAGAGGCCUCUCGUUGCCUAAAGGCAGCCUUUGCAUGGGCAGCGAAAUGAAGGCCUUCCACCAUUUUAAUGUAGUCAAUCGAGUGGGACAUCCAACUUCAUAGGCUGAUCCCUCCUGGUGACCCUGUUGGAGUCAUGUCCACAGAUACAACAGUCUCUCUGUGGUUGUCAUAGACCACAAACACACACCAUCCCAUUUAUGCCAGGUGUUGUUCAUGGCAACUAUAAUUUCAGACUUUAUUUUAUCAAGAAGGAUUUUUAGUUUAUAAAGUGUAAAAAAAAAAAAUAGAAAUCCUUAGUCUGUGAAUGGACUUAGGUGUGGUUGUCAUAAUAAAUAAAGAUUCAACUUUAAAA